AAAAAGAUGCGGGCGAAUCGAUAAAAGCGUUCAGUUCAGUUUACCCAUCAUGAUCCGCCGUAGUUUGCCUUUUAAGCCGUUGUCACCCGUCCGGGUGGUAGGCGGGAGUGCUAACGAAGCGGCGCUGGAUCCCGUCGGCUCGAAAUAUUUUAAGAUCGAGUUGAUCACGAGCCCGGACGAGUCGCUCUCUUUUUUUUGUUUUUGUUUUUGUUCCCCCAAACAUGGAAAGGACGAACGGACAGACAGACGGAAAGGUGACGACACUCGUACUCGAGUACCGUACUGUACUCGUACUGUGCAAGGUAAGCCAUCUGCGAACCAUUUUUGGCAUAUCAGAUUCUUGCUCAUGUCGCUCCCGUUCCUGGCUCAGGCUGUGGCAGGACACAGCAGGCUAAGUUGCCAUCACAAGUAUCAUAAGACCGAGGUUUU